AUGCCAUUUCGGCACUCGCGGCUGGUUGGAGAACGACCUGCGGUGUCUUCAACGAUCAACUUUGGUUGGAAUCAAUACGGUCAAAUCGGCAUUGGUCCGGAUGGCAACCAGUUUUUGCCAGUCCCCAUUCAAGUGAGCGACGGAGUGUCACUGGUCGACUUUGAUGUGCUGUCGUUGGGAGUCGUCCAUACUUGUGCGACGACCAAAGAAACCAAGGAAUUGUACUGCUGGGGUUCCAACGAUUCGGUGGAUUUGUUGCUCAAUCGACCGGUAUCCUAUCACACACCCCAACACAUUGACUUGGGAGGGCAGGGAAUCUUUCAAAACAAUGCGGACAUGGACGUUUUGCAAAUCACGUCGGGACGAUCUCACAAUUGUGCCGUGGUGGCAUAUCCUUCUUUCAACUUGGAACGAUUUGUCUGUUGGGGGUCCAAUGAAUUUGGACAAUUGGGGAUUGGUUCCACCGAGGAUGGAUUCGAGAGUCCGGUACAAGUGGCAUCCACCUUGGAUAUAGAUUUGCUGCCACAACAGAUAUCUGCUGGAUAUUCGCAUCAAUGCGCCAUUCAAGCGGCGGACAAUUCCUUGUGGUGCUGGGGACUCAACUCGAAUGGACAAAUCGGUGUGGGUACCACCAAUACCAAUGUAUUGACACCCACCAAGAUUGCACAACUCGAUCAACAGCUGCCACAAAAGGUGGAUCUGGGAGGAUUCGCCAAGGAUAUCAAGACGGGACGAGAUCAUACGUGUGCAUUGAUGGAAGAUGAAACUGUCAAGUGCUGGGGUAGCAAUUUUUCGGGUCAAUUGGGAGUUGGCAACAAUCGAGAAUCCUCGAUGACGCCAGUUACAGUGCCCGAUCUGAGAGAUGUGGAAAAGCUGGCACUGGGACGAGAACACACUUGUGUUUCCAAAAGUGAUCAAACUCUUUGGUGUUGGGGAACCAAUUUACAUGGACAAUUGGGAUUGGGUGAAAACGUUUCCAUUCAAUACUUUCCACAACAGGUCAAUAUUCAAUUUCCACAGAAUCUCAAUAGUCCACCGCCGACGAAAUCUCCCACCGAACCGCCCUCCAAGGCACCAAUCAUGGCACCAUCAAAUCCAGGACCCUCCAAAACACCCCCUCCGCCUACACCACGGCCCACCACAUUAUCUCCGACCACGUUAUCUCCGACCAAAUUGCCAACGCAAAGGCCUACGGUUUCUCCGACGCGACGUCCGACCAAUGCACCUACUGUACCAGAUCCCACCAUGGCUCCGACUCGAAGGGCCAUUACCAUUCCCACUUUUUCUCCGGUGGCAGUUCCGACAACCUUUCCAGUGGCCGUGUUGGAGCCCACCGUGAAUCCGCCAGUUGUUGACCCGCCAGUGCCCCAGACCAUCCAACCGACACCCAAUCGAUUGAUUGCCCUUCCAACGCCAGCUCCAACCGUUAUUGUGGAGGACAAGGCGGACGACGUGCCAUCCCGAGGCGGGCAGUCCAUUAUCAUUAUUGUACCAACCACCGAUUCGAGGUUUGUGGAAGUCGAUAGUGGUAGCGCUACAAGACCUUUCCUAAUGAUGGCAGUCACAUUGCCACUUUUGGUUUCUUGGUGUACCAUCGUGUUAUUGUAA